GGGUGCUGGCGCUGUGCGGCCGGGCCCGAGGCAGACGUGCAGGCACAGAGGUGCCGGAGGACAAGGGUAAGUGCUUGGUCUCUGCUACAUCCCCCACAGCCUCUCUGCUGGGCACCUCCUGCCUGGUCCCCCGCCCCGCUGCGGUCAGGAUCCCCACCUUUGCUCGGUGCUGUCCCGCAGCUCUUUCCUUCCGGGCAGCACCUGGCAGGUGCCUUAUUUUUCUCUCCCCACAUUUCCUGCUUGGAGGCAGGAGGUAGGGCAGGCCCUGCACACAACCACACCGACAGCCCCUGUCUGUGCCCAGGUUCUCACCGGAGCUGCCGCGAUGGAGCUGAUGGGGAAUAUCCCGCAGCCUGUGUAUGGCCCUGGCCCCGAGGCGCCGGGGAGCAGCACUCCGGGCCUGGUGGGGAUGGUCCAUGGAUUCCUGCGGAUGGUGCAGCCCAACGCCCUGCCCAUAGAACUCAUCACAGGUUUUGGGCAGUCAGAGGGUGAGAAAACUACUGGGGAGCAAGUCGAGGAGCUGCUGCUGUACGAGCUGGGUUUCCUGGUCUGCGUAGCCAUCGGGCUGCUCUUCAUCCUCCUCGUGCCGCUGGUGGGAUGCUGCUUCUGCUGCUGCCGCUGCUGCGGGAACUGCGGGGGCCGCAUGUACCAGAAGCAGGGCCGGCAGAUGGGCUGCCGGCGCCGGGCGCUCUGGGUCUCCGUCCUGCUGGUCUCCGCUCUCCUCCUGGCUGGUGGUGUCUGCGCCUUGAUCAGCAACACUCGCUUCUCCCAGGCUGUGCGCGGCACCUUCCCCAACGUCAACACCACCCUCAACAACGUCCACAUCUAUGUGGCCUCCAUCCCCCAGCAAAUCAAUUACAUCAUCGACAGCAGCGACGUGCCGCUGGGCCAUGCCAACCGCAGCCUCCAGGACAUUGGGCUCAACCUGGGUGGCAUGAUCAUGUCGGUCAUCAGGAACGGCACAGACGGGGCACUAGGAUCCCUCCAGAGCCUUUUGCAAGAGAUGAAGACACUGUCGGACGCCUACAGCAGCAUUGCCAGCACUCGCUCGCACCUUGAAGCUCUGCAGAGCAACUACAGCGAGCGGCUGGCCAGCCUGCGGGAUGGGCUCAACCAGACCCUGCAGCGCUGUGGCCAGCCCUGCAGCAGCGUGUCCCUGCACAGCCUGGCCUUCAGCACCAACUUCAGCACGAUCCCCAGUGUGGAGCAGCAGCUGGAGGCACUGAGUGAUGUGUCUGCCUCCAACAUAGCGCAUGAUUUGGAGACGGUGAACGACACGCUGAACGCAAUCACUGACAAGGUGCAAGAGGGGUCCAAGGAUGUGGUGACAAAGACCCAGGCCGAGCUGGGCCACAUCAGGCAGGAGAUCAGGAGCUUGCAGGAGCAGUUGCCAUUUGUGAGCAUGGAGGAGAAUGUUGGGGCCUUUGUGGGCAAUGCCACAUCGAUGCUGAAUGAGUACAGGGAACAGACCAUUGCCUUGGAUGGGCUCAGGUGGAGUGUGUGUGUCCUCCUGUGCUUCCUGGUGCUGCUGGUGGUCCUCUGCAAUGUUUUUGGCCUGGUGCUGGGGCCCCUGGGGCUGAAGGAAAACGUGCUGCCCACCCAGCGCAGCAGCCUCUCCAAUGCCGGCGGGAACUUCUUCAUGGCAGGGGUUGGCUUCAGCUUCAUCUUCUCCUGGCUGCUGAUGCUGCUGGUGGCGGUCACCUUUGUGCUAGGGGGGAACACCUACAUGCUUGUCUGCGAGCCCUGGCACAGCCAGGAGCUCUUCCAGAUCCUGGACACCCCUGGCGUGAUCCCUGGCUUUAACUUGUCAGAGCUGCUGGGCCUGGAGGAUGGCACAACUAACUUCUCAGAGAUCUACAGGCAGUGCCAGCAAGACACUGCCCUGUGGCAAACGCUGCACUUGGACCAGCGCGUGUCCCUGGAUGAGCUCUUGAACAUCAGCGAGUACACAGGAGAGAUCUCCACGGCCUUUGAGAAGAUGAACAUCACCCUGGACCCCAUCUCCCUGCUCAGCCAGAGCCAGAAGGACUUGCUGACAAAUGCCAGCCAGGCCGGGCAGCCCCCCGACUUCACCCUCACCCUGGAGCAGCUGGAUCAGAAUGUGACCCAGGGAAGCCUCCUAGAUCUGGCUGCAGAGCUGGAGAAGCUGGCAGACACAGAGGGCGUGGAUGUGAAAGAGGAGCUGGAGGCUGAUGCUAGCAAGCUGAGGGAGCUGGAUGAGGAGAUGCAGAUGAGCUUCUCUGGGGAGCUUCAAAGCCUGAAGGAGAAUAUCCACUUCGUGCAGAGCAGGGCUUCUGAGCUCCAGGCACAGACAAACACUGCGCUGAACGAAGCCGGCAAAACCCAGGAGUUCCUGGAUAGGGAGAUCACAAACAUCAUCAAGAAUGAGACACAGGCCUUCCUGGAGGAGCUGUUGGACUUCUUUGAGACCUACAUCUCCUGGGCCAAGAGCGGGCUGACGGAAUAUGUUGCACGUUGCAAGACCGUAGCUCAGACCCUGGAUAACAUGGAGGCCAUCACCUGUGACUACAUCCUGGACUCUGUGAAUGCCUUCUGGUUCAGCCUGGGCUGGUGCACCUUCUUCCUGCUGCCCAGCAUCAUCCUGGCUGUCAGACUUGCCAAGUUUUACCGCCGCAUGAACAUUGCUGAUGUCUACAGGAGUGAAGUUGUGGAGAUGCCUCCCACAUUCAACUUCUACAGAAUCCCUCGGCCAGCCACAAGGCAUUAGAGCUGCCCACAGCACGGCCACAGUUGAGAUGGACACAGCUCCUCUGUCUGCUGCGCUGCCUUCUGAGUGCUGGGGAGCAGGUUGGGACCCCCAGUGGAAACCCCCAAUUCCCAUUAUGUGACCAUGCCCCAUUGCACAUGGGAGGGGGGUUGCCUCUUGCACUGCCCCAGGUGGGACUUUACCCCCCCUCCACUAGACCCUGUGGGCUCAGAGCAGCUUGUCCCAUCCGUACCACUGCAGCCUGCGCUGCUGGCCAGCGGGACCCUGCUCACCAGGCCCCUUGCUCAAAAAUGUAUUUAUUUUUGCAGGGAGCCUGACUCUUUCCAAGGCUGUGAUUGUUUUGGUGUCAAACAAUAAACGGGGUGUUUGUGUGCA